GCCAACAGCGGGGAUGCACCUGGACAUAGGCUCUUUGCCAGUAGCGGCCUCAACCCUCUGCCGGCCACGCAGGAUCUUGCGGAUGCCGAGGAAAUCUGGGUGGAGCAGAACCUUCAGUUCAUCAGACGGAUUCGUGACAUCGAGCGUGAGCAAGGCUUUGCGACCUACAACUUGACGGCACACCCCGCGAUGCAGACAGGCAAGUGGAAGUUCCGCAGGGCAUGGGACUGA